CCCCAUCUUAGCCCUACUCCUCCAGUAGCUCCAUGGAGGUAUACGGAGACUACAUGAGACCUCGCCGAGGGCGUCCCAGGUCCUCCAGCCACCGUUGUGGGUCGUCCCAGGGCCGCGGGCCACCCUGCUCGCGGGCACACUGGUCCUGGCUCGACAAACUGUGCAAUCUGCUCAUCAUCGCGUGCCUCCUGUCUUCUGCAUACUGGACACUGGAGUACCACGGCCGGUCUUGUAAUGCCAAGUGCGACUUUCGGGUUUUGACGCGCCAGAUUAAUGAUAUUUCAAAAAACCUCUCCUACAUGAGAGAUAACUACCUGGAUUUGGAGCAAAAAAUGGACAUUCUUACGCACGAUCUGCCGAGAAUAGAGGGCCAAGUGGAGAUUCUGGAGUCGUUGGCGCAGACCCUGGGCCGGCCUAGCAACUGGGAGAUUCGGAGACCCGCAGAACCCAAGAAAAAGCGGAUCGUCUGUAAAGGAUAUCAACCAGCUAGGGGAGAACUACUUAGUCGGGGCCGCGAGGAACAAAUGGGUGAUUAUUAUAAACAGGGACGGGAUUCACAAAGUGGGGGAUAUCUGAGACAAGAUCGCAAUCAACAAAUGAGGGUAAAUAGCAAGGAGGCCAGGGAAGGAAGGCAUGGUCGCGAACCACAAACGGGGGUAAAUCUAAGGCAGGAACGUGAAAUAAAAAUUGGGAAAUAUCCAAGAUCGGGACGCAAAUCACCAAAGAGCGCAAGCUUCAUGGAUCUGAACGAUACGGCUGAUGAAGAGGAGCUAUAUUAUGAAGAAGAAGAGAUGCAAGGUUCCGAAGUGGUUGUCAACACACUGAUUCACGAACCAUUCCACAAAAACUUGAGGUCGUAUUCAGAUGGAAUAAUAUUUUAAAUCAUGUUGUGAUGCAAUAAUAAAUCUAUUAUGUGGUCACACUUUUCGUUAUGUUAUAAAAUAAUAAAAUUUGUAACGCAA